UUGGGUCCGUAGACGGCCUUAUGUCGCGCACCGUGUUAGCUAUGCCCAAAGUCUGGUCCGGUUUCAUUUCAUUCUACUUAAUCCUAACUCAAUCUAAUCUCAGGAAAAAGUGUUUUAUUCAACUCCAUCCAACUUCUUUGUUCCCACAAUCUCACUUUCUCCAACCGAACCUCCGUAUCUCCAAAAUCCUUAUUCGGGAACCGUGAUUGGCUUUGGUACUACGAAUUUGUGCAGCGGACAAAUUUUCUUAUUUAAAAUUCGUGAAAAGUGAAGAUUUAAAGUAUGUAAAUGAUCUCCAAGUUAAAUGCGCUUAUUUCACUUUUGGUAAACAUUUCAAUGAAAUGUGUGUAGAUUGCAGGAACAAAGGUAUAUAUUAUUCUCUUUAUUAUAAAUCUUAUGAUAAAUUAUUCAGCUUUCUUUACUGGAAAAAAGAUAUGAACUUCAGUGCACUAGUUAAAAUAAUAUAUGAUGCUAAACCUUUAUUGAAAUAUGAUCAGGAUUUCUAAACGUGCGCUUCCUCGAUCAUACUUGCACUUUGUUGUUGAGCGAGUCGUGCGUGAAAGUGCCUUUUAUUGAGUAUGUGAUUUUUCCUCAGUAAUGCACCGAUCAUGUGCAUGAGGGAAACGCGAUUUUCGUCUGGGACCAGAAAACCGGAUUGUGGAUUCAACGCCGGAGGAAUGUAAUGAAGUAAAAUGGAAUAUAGUCAUAUUAAAACUGUCAAAAUAAAUUGAUUUUAGAACGACUGCAAAAAGUGCGUGAACCGUCGAAAUCAGAUGCGAUUAUGCGUGUAAUGUUAAGCGGUGAAAUUUCGACCGAAAAAAUUUCUGCAACGCAGCGAAAUUGAGGAACGUGUUCGGGGAAUGAAAUCGAAAUACGGAUUUCGCACAGUCUGCUUGAGGAUGAUACUGAAGAUAUUCUCACGAAUGUGGAUUGAGUAAUGAUUGUUUACUCGAGAUAAGAGAAACUUCGCAAACCGAGUCCGGAUCGAGGAUAUAAUGCAGUCUAACGAUUUUUCCACUGAUAACGGAUUGUGAAGGAAGGAUGAAGAAUGCCCCGCGUCGGCGAAGACGAGGGCGGUGGAGGCAGCAAUGCGGAGAAGGCGGGAAGCGGUUUUGGAGGAUGGCUCGGAGGUGCUGCGAGGGCCAUGACAGGAGGCAGUGGAGCUGGUUACGUUGUCCUCGGUGGCACUCGUUACGGUUUACGUCACUCCCAGGACAAUUUGGCGUUGACGAACUCUCGGAAAGAGGGUCAAGAUCGACGAAGGAAGAGGAAUUCGCGAGAUAGCGAUUCUCGGGAGCGAUUGACGGAUAAGCCCUCUGGUGAGAAGAGUGGGUCCAUCGACUUCGUCAACAGCGUGACAGAUUGUUGCUGCAUCGGUCCACGAUCUCGACUACCGCUAUCGCGGAUUCCAUUAUCGUCGACCGCGGGGCAGACCUCUCCUACUUUACCUCAGCCUCCCACCAGAGUAGCAGCCGCAGAACCGCCAAACCCAAACGCUAAUAAUAACCGCGGGUGGCUGCAAACGGGUAGCGGCACCAGUGCCAGCUUCAGCGUCGGCCACGGUCCACAGCCGAUAUCAUCUUCUACCACCUCUCCACCAUCCAAAGUCUCGUCAUCAACGACGACGGCAACGUCAACGUCGACGGCGACCGCGACAAAUACUUCAGUAACACACUCCGUCUCCGUGCCGCGACAACUCGCUCAGUGGACCAAACACCAAACUCUUAAGCUGCAGGAUCCAUCAGUGACAGCAGUGGACCGACUGCACAGAUUCCGAUGGAGCGGGGGCGGAGGAGGAAGCGGCAAGAAGUCUUCUUCCGGCCCCCGCAGCGAGAAGGCCGAGCGCCUUCGCGAACUGACGGAAAAGCUCAAAGGACCAGCACCCGUCCCACCACCUCGGCGACCUUCACGUGUGCAAGAAUCAUCGCCACCACUGAGUGGAUGCCAACAAAACCUCUCACCGACUCAUCCACAGACACCUGAAACAGCAUCAAUGCAGGAUUGUAAUCGUUGUGAUGUUCUACCCUCGAGUCGAAGUUACACCUACAGUGAAGGCAGUCAUGGACUAGGGAGUAAUCCGAAGACUUUCGUUAGAAGUGAGAGUGUUGGUGAAGAGUGCUACAGUGAACCAUUCGAAAAUAAUAGAAAAUCGUCAGCCAGUGUUGAUUCGGUUGCGUGGACGAAAAAUAGUUCGAAAUUAAUUAAACCAAAAGAAAGAAACAGUGCUGACGUAAGUGAUAUCGAUAUUUUAAGUGAACCGAACAAUGGUGGCAGGCACUUGAGGCAGUGCAGUGAUUCCAUGGUGGACAGUGCAAAAGGUGUUACAGUCAAUUUUCAUGAACCCGUUAGUAACGAGAGCGAAGCCAGAGAUGCGAUCACGAGAUUGGAACCACGUGGACCCUUUCUCGGCUUUCACAGAACCAGUGCACCUUAUAGAAGUGCCUCGUUUGGACAAGCGGAUUUUAAUCAAGCUUUAGGAAAUCGACAAAAACUGCAACCAACAAUAAAUUCAAAUCGGGUUGAGGAUAAGGAAAUUAGAGCCAGUACGUUGCCACGACGUCGUGGGAACGUAAGUCCAGAUGUCUCGAAUCCCAGAAACAGUAAUAGUCCAAAUCAUCAGAGCCCAAGAGCCUCAACGCCCAGCCUCGAUAGCGCAGUUGGUUCUGCUGAAGGUCUUGGGGUUCCACAAAUUGGUCUUGGAGACCUUCGCCCUAGAAGCGAUGGAUCUGACAGUCUUGCAACAUCCAGUGCCCUGACUAGUCCAGAGCCUCAGGUUCACGAGAUUCAUGAACCCAGGGUCGACUUAGUCAAACCGGAAAUUACCACCGAUUCCACUAUAACUCAUGAUCGAAACUUUGAAAACCGGAUUUCGGAAUCGAGCCAAAAAGAAGUGAGAAUGGAACCUCAUGAAGUUAUAGUGACACCACCUGUAGAAGAGUCAAGAUUGAGUCAAGCCAGCGAAGCCAGUGAAGCUCCAAGUGAAACAACAUCAGAGACUUCUUCACCCUCAGGAAAAGUGAGAAGGUAUCGUGGUGACACAAGUAAAAGAAGAAAAGGAGUUUAUAUUACUCAGUGGCCUGAACCUUCAGAUAUAGACCAUAGCAAACUGGCAGCCCAAAGUAGUGAGGAAAAAGAUGAUCCACCAGCUACACCAAGUGAUCUCUCUGAUUGUGAAGGUCAAGUUCCCAGAAGGUAUAGUAAGAGGCCUCUUCGAGGUCCUUACGGACAGAUGUUAGAAGCAGAAAUGGCAAAACCUCGUGCAACAGAAAUCUCUCUCGAGGAGGGAGUUAAGCCAAGAAGAAAAAUUUCAGCAAAUCUUUCGUUCAAUGCAAGUAGUAACAGCAAUUCUGAACCGCCAACUCCUUGCCAUCACAGAACAACAUCUAGCCCAAGUAAAUUGGAGGGUUUACCUGGGCCUAGUCCGGAAUUGUUAGCCGAACUGUUAAGAGGGUCUUCCGAAAGAGUUGCUCGUGCUGCAACCCAACGAAAUGAUACAAGAACACACGUAGUGGUUGAACUUUACGACACGGAACGAUCUUAUGUGGAGGCUCUGCAAAUACUAGUCAAUAAAUACUUGCAACCUCUCAAGAGCCCGGAAAAUGCGGGUCUCGUGGACUCAGCGACGGUCGAUGAGAUCUUCUACCAGAUCCCAGCAAUACUCAGUCACCAUGAAGUAUUUCUUGAAGAAUUACGAAAGAAGUUGGAAGCUUGGGAACUUGGACAAACAAUCGGCGAUGUGUUUCUCGACACGUUCAUGAAACCUUCGGUCUUGGAAACCUACACCCUCUUCCUCGAUAAUUGGAAAUCUGCAAAAACGGCCAUCAAAAAUACGUGUCAAUCAAAACCUGCCUUUGCGCGAUUUCUAGAGGCUAUGGAAAGGGAGCAUAAAGGAAAGCUGGGAUUGGAUCAGCUGCUAAUUCAACCCGUACAGAAAAUUCCGAGAUACGAGCUUUUGAUUCAGAGGCUAUUGAAACACACGGAUUCUUCUCAUCAGGAUUACGAGCUUCUUUCAGCUGCUCAGAAAGAAGUUCAUGAGUUGGUGGUGAAGAUUAAUUGCACAGAGAGGGAGAGUCUUGAAUGGGAACAACAGCAGACGACACUGAAAGAAGUUCAGGCACUUGUCGAAGGACUUGCCGGAAUAGUAGCUAAUGACAGAGCCUUUAUUCGACAUGAUUUAGUAACAAUCGCAUCGAAUCAAGGUACUAGGAAAGAACGAGCCCUUUUUUUGUUUUCGGAUCUUCUCGUUAUAACGAGUAUCAAAAGAAGAAGCGGAACGAUAAGAAAACCAUCGACUUCGUGUCCGAAUAGUCUGGUCGGUCUUUUGGAGGCAAACAAGUACAAAAUGUUAAUGAGAAUUACAUUAGACGAUUUGGAAGUGAUGAAAGCCAAGGAUGAAAAUCUACGAAGGAUGGCACGAGAAGUGGACCAUUUGCGAGAGGACUGUGCGACUUUGACUCAUGUUCAAGAACUUGCGGCGACCUUACAUGGAGCAAAACAGCAAUUGGAGGACUUGGUAAAAGAAUUACUGGGUCAGGCACAGAGACAAUUAGCAGAAAGGAAUGCCGCACAUUCCCAGUUGGCAUGCCUAGAACUUACGCUUAAUACCCAAGCAGGAGUCGAAAACCUUUCCAUUAUGUUUACGAAGCCGGACAAGAGGGCGAGCUGGGAGGAGAGUUUCAACGAGGCCAAGCAAAAGUUAGCCUUGUCAGCUGACAGGAGACCUUGCCCCGAAUUCGUAGGACCUUUGCCAAUUCGAAAAACCCGGGCUGGCCUUCAAUUUACUUGUGCUGCACCCACCUUGCCGAAUGAGCAAGGAAUAAGGGAUGUGUGGGUUUGUAAUAGUGAUGGAUACGUGGGUCAAGUUUGCGUCUUGAGUCUCAGUCCAGAACCUCCUCAGGUCACGUCUUGCAACGGGGUUUGCAAUGCUAGGAUUCUUUGCGUUGCAGGCAUUCCUGCUGCUGCUGAUGCAUCGAACUCCUGCUUACCGAUCAAUAGUACCUUUGUUAACAAUAAAAGCGGUAUUAGUAUUUCGAUUCAGGAUGCGGAUACAAGUAGUGGCAAUAUUCAGCUAGACAGUAGUUCGAGCUCCGAUGAUUCGGAUUCUGACGACAUUCCAUGCGCGGACGCAGCCUGCACUUCUGUGGGAGGUGACGUGUCUAGUAUUGAUGGUGCGACCAUCGAAGAAGACACUAAUCAGCCGACCAUGUGGUUGGGAACUGAAGAUGGUUGCAUCCAUGUCUACAAUUGUAGCGACAACAUCAGGAUUAAGAAAAAUAAGGUCAAAAUUCAACACGGCAGUUGUGUCCAGUGCAUAAUAUACCUGGACAACAAAGUCUUCGUUUCGUUAGCAAAUGGUGAUGUUACAGUAUACACAAGAGACCAAUCGGGAACGUGGAAUACCGCAGAUCCAAUGACCGUUUCCGUCAGCACAGUCGCUUCCCCUGUUACCAAAAUGCUUCCAGUAUCUGGAAAAUUAUGGUGUGGUUGUCACAACACCAUAAAAGUCUUAAACAUCUACUCGUUGGAUAUCGAACACACCUUUACAGUUAGUAACGAUGCUAGUCGAUCGAUAUCCUGUUUGGCGAGUUCCGGAGGUCUUGGGGUUUGGAUCUCAUUACACAAUAGUGCAGUACUAAAAUUAUAUCAUGCAAGCAGUUACGAGUGUUUAUCUGAUAUUAAUAUUGCCCCAGCAGUCACGAAAAUGCUUGCCAUUGCAGGUUGCGAUGACAUAAUCCGACAACAUAAAGCUGCUUGCCUUAGGGUUACUGCUCUUUUGGCUUGUAACGAAUUAUUAUGGAUUGGAACCAGUGCAGGAGUACUUUUAACAAUGCCUAUUCCUCAUAUUAAACCUUCAACGCAAAGGAUGUCGCAGCUUCCAAUCGUAACAGGUGCUCCUCAUGGACACACUGGUCACGUGCGAUUCAUAACAUGUGUGGAAAUGACGACACCUCCGAAAUCUGACCCUCGUCCCAAAAUGAAUCGUUACACCUUUGACACCGCCAAAGUCCAGCAAAACAAUAUUAAUCAUGGGAAAAUUCUUGUAAUUUCCGGUGGUGAUGGCUAUGAGGAUUUCCGGGGACCUCAGGCUUCCGCAGAGCUCCAGGCUGGUCGGGAAGACUCCACAAAUCACCUGCUGCUCUGGAAAGUUUGAUACUCCUCGAACCGGCUUCGAGUCCGGAAUAUAAUCCACGAACGCCGGCAUGACACGCCGAGCAAAUCGAGCCAUGUCCUUUGACAAAAGGAAAAGCCUCUUGGAAAAUCCUCCUUGGGAUUCUUGAAUUUCCUUCUCGAGCCAAUGGAAAACACUUUGCCGUUUGAAGGAAGCGAUUUUCUUCCAGUCAAGUUCAACUUGUCCGCGACAGGGUGCUUAGGAAAGGAAGGGAAAAAAGUGAGGAAAACUUUGCUAAAUGGUUUGGGCUUGGGAUCUACACUGGAAGUGAGAUCUCUUGCGAACUUCUUUUUUGGAGAAAAAGAAAGCAAGUGAGGAGGUUGCAAAUCUCAAAUUUGAAGCUAAUUUUCCAAAACGUGUAUUCAGAAGUUUGGCUGUUAUAGUAAAAUCUUCUGCCUAGUCCAAAUAGACGUUCAUGUAGCGAAUUCUUUCGUGUGUUAGCCAACUUUGAAUUCUACUAUCAGCUAGUCAAAAUUUCAAUAAAAUAAAGGACAUUCAAGAUUUUACCGUAA